CCGGGGGUAUAUAUAGCCUGAGAAGGGACCCGGGCAGUCCUGGCAGUCAAAAUGAGGCUUUUCAUCCCCGUCUGCUGCCUGCUGCCUCUACUGGCACUCGCCACUGCAGAUGCAGUGGAUUCUGAGACUGAGCCUCUUGUGCCGUUCCAGCCGAAGUCUGAAGGCAAGUUGUUCAACUGCUGUGAUGGCACAGAGGAUAUAAGCCAGAGCUCCUCCAAUGACACUCCUGCACCGAACAGACCUGUGUGCCAACCCUGUAGCACUGGUGCACACACUGACACCUCGGCAGAAGAUGACAGUUCUAACGAGGACAAAGACGGGAUGGAGGUUGUUUCAGAAGAGAAAUCUGAGGAGUCGAGUCAAGAGGAGACCUCAUCUGAAGAGAUAUUUGAGGAGAAGGCAGAAGUUGAGUUAGAAGAAUCUAAUGAAGCAGUGGAAGAGGAAGUUCUUAAGGAGGAACAUGAAGAUGUAGACGUAGACAGUGAUAUAGAAUCACAAAUGGUUGCUGAGGAAUCUGUGGAAGAGGACGACAAGGACGUUUCUAAGACUAACGAGGUGGUGGUUGUGGAAGAGGAAGUUCUUCAGACUGAAGAUGAAGCAGGUGAAGAAGAGGAGCUUUCUCAGACUGAAGAGGAGGCAGUUGAGGAAGAGCAGGUUCUUCAGAUUCAAGAUGCAACCAAAGCAUCUGUGAAAGUGGAUAAAGCAACCCCCUCAGGUUCUGCCACAAGAGAUCAGUCUCACAUUGACGAGACGCUGCGUCUGGCAACAGCUGAACCUUCACAGGAAUUUGUCGAUGCUCUGAAGAAGCUGCAGCAUGUCUACAACACUGCAAUUAAACCCUUGGACAAGGCCUACAAAUACAAUGAGCUCCGGCAGCAUGAAGUGUCAGAUGCAGAGAUCACAUCUAAGCCCAUGGUUCUGUUCCUUGGUCCUUGGAGCGUUGGCAAGUCUUCCAUGAUCAAUUAUCUUCUGGGUCUCACAGGCACUUCACAACAGCUUUACACUGGGGCUGAGCCCACAACCUCAGAAUACACUGUACUGAUGCAUGGUGAGAAGUUUCGCACCAUCGAGGGCAUUGUCAUGGCGGCAGACAGUUCCCGCUCUUUCUCACCGCUAGAGAGGUUUGGUCAGGGCUUUCUGGAGAAGCUGGUGGGAAUCGAGAUGCCGCACAAACUCCUGGAGCGCGUCACCUUUGUGGACACGCCUGGAAUCAUCGAGAACCGCAAACAACAAGAGAGAGGGUACCCCUACAGUGAAGUCUGCCAGUGGUUUAUCGACCGUGCUGAUCUCAUCUUUCUGGUGUUUGACCCAACCAAACUGGACGUCGGAUUAGAACUAGAAAUGCUGUUCAGACAGAUGAAGGGACGCGAGUCACAGAUCCGUAUCAUCUUCAACAAGGCUGACAGUUUAACAACCCAGGACCUAAUGCGCGUGUACGGCGCCCUCUUCUGGAGCAUGGCACCCUUGAUUAAUGUGACAGAGCCACCACGUGUGUACGUGAGCUCAUUUUGGCCCCAGGCAUAUGCUCCCGACACAAACAGAGAACUUUUUAAACGUGAAGAGAUCUCUCUGCUGGAGGACCUAAAUCAGGUCAUCGAGAACCGGCUACAAAACAAAAUCGCCUUCAUUCGGCAGCACGGCAUCCGCGUGCGCAUCCACGCCCUCCUGGUUGACCGCUACCUGCAGACAUAUUAUGAGAAGCUGGGCUGGUUUAGUGACCCACAUGAGGUUUUCAAGGAUAUUGUGAGUGAUCCUGACAAAUUCUACAUCUUCAAGUCCAUUCUGGCCAAGACCAAUGUGAGUAAGUUCGACUUGCCAGAAGCGGAGGCGUAUCGGGAUUUCUUCGGAGUCAAUCCUCCUGGUGGCUUUAAGCUCCUCUCCUCAUACUGCGGCUGGUCAGGGGGAUGCCUGCUGGAGAAGAUUGAGAAUGCCAUCACAGAUGAGCUGCCGGCUUUGAUCAGCAGUCUGGCAGAGAAACGGGAAGCCAAGGCAGAGGCAGCUGCAGAAACCAAAGAGAAACCCCAAAACCGUUGGAGGAGACAGCAAUAGAAGAAUGAUGGGAGAUGUGGGGAAUAUGGAAGAGUGGCACCAAAGCGAUGAAUGAGAGAGUAGAAGUGACACAGAUGAGAUUCACAUCAAUGGAAAGCCAGUUAAACACAGUGUGUACAGAGAUUUUUACCACUCUUUAUAAAGCAGACCUGAGUGAAGGGGAGCAGUGUGCUAUUUUUCUUCCUUUUCUGUUAUUGUUUUUCUUCCUUGUUCUAAUUUAACUCCGCUUGCAAAAAAUGUAUUUAUACUGUUCAAAAUAAAUAACGUCAUAAUCUUAUUUAUUUAUUGUUUGAAUGCCAUUUUGAAAGUGUGAAUUAUGGAAGCUUGUUUCUGCCACAGGAUAAAAAAGUUCAUUGUGAAUUUU